AUGGCUCCGUUUUCUCCUGUCAAGAGACCCAGGCGCAACAGUCUGUCCAACGACUCACUUGCGCAGACCUUGCUUGAACAGCACCGCUUCGACAAAGAUGACUUCUGGGAAACAGCGCGGCUGUUCACCGUUCUGGACGAGGACGGUCAGAUGUCCGGUUCCGCACCCGCUACCACUUCUCGCAAGAGGAAACGAGACGAUAGCGGCUCUGGUCAGUAUGCCGUCAGAUCUGUGCUGGGUAGUGGCUCUGACAGCAGUCCAGACGAGCUUCAUUCGUUUUCGGAUGGCAGUCAGGGAUCGAGCCUUCUCGACGAGCUCCUUCCCGGAUCUUCUCCUUCGUUGCCGUCUCCAGAGGACAGAGUUGUCAAGCUCUCUCUUGUCAACCCCUUUAUAACCCAUGAUUCAUUGCAACUGUCGGAGCAUCCUCGUCUCACGUCGAUCUUUGAUCCCGUCAAGAUCCCGACCCAGGUACGAGUCAAUGGUCUGGUCAAGUUUCAUUUGCAGUUCAGCGAUCCGAACAUGCCUUCGAGUACCAAAGAAGUCCUUGCCAAGUAUCGGCAGGAGUACAAUGACCAGAUGAAAUCCAAGGUCAGCGAAGUUCUCCUCCUUCCCUCUGAUUUUGGCCGAGGUCUACGUCUCAAUGCGAUGGAUCUGAGACUGUUCAAGUUCUACGUUGUUGCGUAUUGUGCGGGACGAACCCUCUUGCCUGCCUCCAAUGUCUGGCUGACUGGAGUACCCGCCAUUGCCGAAAAGUCUGCUUGUGUCAGGCAUGCUAUGCUCUCAUGUGCCGCGGGCUAUGUGCUCGAUUAUGCUCCGUCCGAGAAACUCAAAGAAUGGGCGAGUUUCCACCACAGGCGUGCUGUAGCAUUGCUGAGCGAGGAGCUCAACAAAGCAGAGAAUUAUGAGCCUGGCAAGGAGGAACCUCUCUUGAUGGCACUGUCUCUUCUCAACCACGAGGAUAUCGUCAACUGGGAGACGAGAGAGUCUACCAAGAGGAUGCCGAAAUGGUAUCAAGGCGACCUGGCAGUCAAGUAUCUUCUUGACAAGUCAGAUCCGGGCUAUCGAUACAAGCACCCCAUUAAUGUCCAAAGCACCAACAAUCGCUACGUCAUGAGUCACUAUCAAAUGAAAAGUCUCAUUCUCAGCGACACUUGUGCACCCCUGAAGCCAGAAACCGACGACCAUGCCUACAGUUGGCUCCUGGAGGGCAACGAGACAGAUGUGAGACGAGUGACGGGUCUGGCCGGCUGUUCUGCCAAGAUCCUGCAUAUUUUCACCCAAAUCACCCGUCUUUGCUCGCUGCUGCGAGAAAGCCCUGACUCUGUUCCAUUCCAGAAAGCGGGAGAAAUCAUCUUGCAGUCACUGACUAAUUUCCAACAGUGGUCGGACCUUGUCCCGCAUCCCUACGUGACUGCAGACGCGCUCGGCGAAGCCUGCGAAGCAAAUCUGGACGAAAAUGGGAAAGUCUGCACCGACGCUCUGAGUGUCGCCCUGAACGCCGACUCUUACGUGCUGGCCGCCCAGAUCUACAUCCUGUGCCGACUGCUUCGGAAGCCACGGCGCCACCCCGAUGUUCAGAGUAGACUCCGCACCCUCAUCCGGUGGACGGACUACCUUCCAUUGGACGGGCCGCUCUACACGGCCCAGGACUCGCUGUACGGCCUUGCGAUCGCAGGGUUCGUCGCAAUUGAGCCCGAACACCGUGCUGUCGUUGAAGGGCAAUUCUGUCCUUUGCUCAUGGGGCCGCGAGGGAAUGACCCGCCAGUGUGGCAUGUGACGGAGAAACUCUGGCUCUGGCUCGAUGAGGCCGGGAUCGAAGACGAUCCUACCGACACGGACCAUGUUCCUCUGUCGCAGAGGAAGCCCUGGUGGGAGGAUAUGGUGGCGUGGAUCAUGGAGACGCAAGGGAGAUUGAGCCUUUCUUGA